UUUGUUAUGCCAUUCUCAUUUCUCAUUCUUUCUCUUUUAUUUUCUUCAUAUUAUUGCAUAACAAUGUCAAACGAGAUUCGAUUCUUCCAUCUCAACACCGGAGCCAAGAUCCCUUCUGUCGGUUUGGGAACUUGGCAGUCUGAUCCCGGAGUCGUUGGUCAAGCCAUUGAGAUCGCCGUCAAGGCUGGUUACCGUCACAUUGAUGGUUCUCCGAUCUAUGGCAAUGAGAAGGAGAUUGGAUCUGCAUUGAAAAAACUAUUUGAUGAUGGCAUAGUGAAACGCGAAGAUUUGUGGAUUACCUCAAAACUCUGGAAUACUGAGCAUGCUCCAGAAGAUGUACCUCUAGCAUUGGAAAGGACUUUGAGAGACUUACAGCUUGAUUAUGUUGACCUGUAUCUCAUCCAUUGGCCGGUUGCGAUGAAGAAAGAAUCGACAUUGGAGAAAGAAUCAGUGGGUUUCAAUUCUGAAAAUAUCUUAGAACCUAACAUUUCCAGCUCAGAGAAGAAAGGAUCAUCAGAUUCUAAUUCUCAAAAUCUUGUGCAACCUAACCUUGCAAGAACAUGGAAGGCAAUGGAGUCACUCUAUGACUCCGGCAAGGCGCGAGCUAUAGGUGUAAGCAAUUUCUCCGUCAAGAAAUUGGGGGAUUUGCUGGAGGGUGCGCGCAUUCCUCCGGCUGUCAAUCAAGUUGAGGCUCAUCCUUCUUGGAGACAAGACAAGCUGAAGAAUUUUUGCAAUUCCAAAGGGGUCCACUUCUCUGGAUAUUCACCAUUGGGUUCCCCUGCCUGGCUUAAAAGCAGUGUCCUCAACCAUCCAAUUUUAACUUCGAUUGCGGAGAAACUAGGCAAGACUCCGGCACAGGUGGCUCUACGUUGGGGAUUGCAAGCUGGUCAUAGUGUGCUUCCCAAGAGUGCAAAUGAAACAAGGAUAAAAGAAAAUCUUGAUAUCUUUGAUUGGUCUAUACCUGAAGACUUGUUUGCUAAAUUUUCUGAGAUCGAACAAGAAAGAUUGCUCCGGAUGGAUGUAUUUGUUCAUGAAAAUUAUGGUGGUUACAAAACCGUUGAAGAACUUUGGGAUGGGGAACUUUAAGCAGUGAACUCCAUAGGAUAUUUGGCAAGUGAAUGGAAUGACAGAAUGCCUUAAUUUUUGUGUUAAAUUUGUCUGCAUAAUAAAUUUCAUAGUUUACCGUAAUAAAUUUGUCAUCAUCCAUUCUUGUUAUUGAGACAAUAAAUAUUUGCUAUUUAUAAUUAAAUUAAUAAAAGAUUAUGUUACAAUUAUUCUGAAUUAAAUUUG